UCCUCCCACUGCAGUUCAGCAAUAAAUGCUGGAAUAUUCCCAUCAGUCUACAAGUGAAGACGAGCAUCAAAGCAUCAGGAAGAAGUGAAAUCUGCAGAGACAGAGUUUAUUGAAGGACAGAGAGAACAUGAGAGAUCCAGAACCCUGCAGAAUGAAACACACUGAAGAACAAACAGAGUUGAUUGAAGAAAACAAGGAGCCUGAAGAACUGAAUAAAGAGGAGGAAAAACCUUCGAGUCGCUCUCAAACCAAACAGAAAGGUUUAAAGAAAAUAAGAGCCAAGAAAUCUUUCACCUGCACUCAGUGUGGUAAGAGUUUGAAAUGCAAACAGAGUCUCAUGAUUCACACGAGGAUCCACACUGGAGAGAAACCAUUCACUUGUGAUCAGUGUGAGAAGAGUUUCAGACAAUCAUCAAACCUUAAGAAACACCAGAUGAUCCACACUGGAGAGAAACCUUACAUGUGUUCACACUGCGACAACAGAUACAGUCGGUCAGGAGACCUGAAAAGACACGAGAGGAUCCACACUGGAGAGCAACUGUUCAUAUGUGAUCAGUGCGGGAAGCGUUUCAGACGAUCAUCAAACCUUAAGAAACACAUGAACAUCCACACUGGAGAGAAACU